CAAAUGGCCCGGGGCCGCAGCAGGGGCGUCCUCCUGGCCUGACCUCCGCGGCUUCCCUGGGAUCCCGGGCCCUGUCUACUGAGGUAGCGCGUGGGCAGCUGGCUUGCGGCAGGCAGUUUGCGCCGUGCGGUGGGGACGGAGAGGCCGGAGGGGCCUUGACCCGCACAAACUACUGAGCGCCCUGAACAUGCUCCCAGCAGGACGCGCCAGACCGUGACUUCCAGAAUCUUCUAGAUGGCUUCCAACAGUCAGAGCAGUGGCGCCGCCGGUGGGAUUUUGGUGAGAGAGCCUUCCAGCUACUCGAAGAGGUACUCCUCCAUCAUUGAACAGCUGCCGGAGGGGCUCAACAGCACCCUCUCAGAGAUGAUGGUCCAGCUAGACAACAUCUCCAGCCUGGUGUCCAAGGUCAAUCAGUCCUUCGAAGAGCAUCACAAGCAUGUGGAGAACUUCCUCGGGCUGAUGGAAAUCUUCAGCAGGUCCCCGACCAUCCUGCAGAUGGUUAAGGCUGCCCAGGUCUCAGCUGAGAAGAGAGCCCAGCGGGGCCCAGAGGCUAUGUCCCCCCAGGACCCCAGACUCAGAGCCACCCCGGGACCUCCGCCAUCCAGCAGACCCCGGUGCUUCUCAGAGGCCAAGGCCGAGGAGCAGCAGGACCCACAGCCCGUGUGGGACAAGGAUCCCCUGUUCUGGAGAGACACCCUGACCUGGGAACUCUGGAAACUUUACACGAAGAACCAAGAAGGACAGAAGGAGAAGCCGCUGGGAUUGGGAAGGAAAGACUCUGGCCAGAAUGACUCUGAAUUAGAGCAGGAGCCUCAGCGCAGGCGCAGGAGCAGCCUGACGGACUUGGACACCAUCCUGACUGAGACUCCCUCAGAUCUUCGUGGUUCCCAAAGAGACCUCAGCCAGCCCCAGCCUGAGACCCAGGAAUCUUCUGGGCGUGCUGGUCCUUUCCUGAAGACCCUCCCCUGGGACGAAGAGGACUUGGAGCACAGCUGGAAGAGGCCUGGCACAUGGUUGUGGCAGCCGAAGAGGUGCCCUGUCCCGCAAGGCCUGCAGAAGGCCCGAGUGCUCAAACACCAGGAGCUCCUGCUGGCCGUGGCGGUGAGCUGCUACACGCGGCACGUCUUCACCUGUAGCCGGAGCGGCAUCAAGGUGUGGAGCCUGGCGAGCCAGGUGGCCGAGGAUGAAUUCCCCGAAAGUCACCUGCAAUGUGGCGUCCAGGACAACGACGCCUACCUGCGCACCUGCCUGCUCUCCUCCAACAGCAGGACCCUGUACGCGGGCGGCCACAACCUGCCUGGCGUCAGCGUGUGGGACCUGGCCGCCCCGUCCCUGUGCCAGAAGUACCAGCUGCCCUGCAAGGGCCUGUCCUGCCAGGCUCUGGCCAGCACGGGGGAGAACGUGGCGUUUGCUGGCUUCACAGAUGGCACCGUCAGGAUUUGGGACCUGCGGAGUCAGGAGGUUGUCAGAGACCUCAAAGGCCCUGUCAAUGCGGCCAAGAGCCUCGUGGUCAAAAAUGACAGUGUCUGGACGGGAGGUCUGGAUGCUUGUCUGCGCUGCUGGGACCUGCGGGCCGCCAAGGUGUCUCUGGAGCAUACAUUCCAGUCCCAGGUCAUGAGCCUGUCCCACAGUCUGCUGGAAGACUGGCUGCUGCUGGGCCUGGCCAAUGGCCAGCACUGCCUGUAUGACAGCAAGGAGAGCAAGGCAUUCCAUGUGGGCUUCAAGGACAAGACCAUCUUAGGCCUCAAGUUCUCCUCAAAUGGCCAGUGGUGGGUGAGCGUGGGAAUGGACAGCCUCAUCACCAUCCACAGCAUGCCCACAGGAGUGAAACUGUUCCAGGUCCCUGAGGCUGCCACUGUCACAUGCUGUGAUGUGACAGCCAAUGACAGGCUGGUUGUCACAGGAGCUGGGGACUGUGCCUCGGUGUACCAGAUCAAGUACUGACUGCUUCCGUUCCCAUCUCUUCUCCCCCCAACUGCACAGUGGUGGAUGUGGGUGGGUGUGAGGCCCAUGGGUGUGUCAACCCUUCAUCACAUGUAAUAAAGCAAUUGAGAAGGCA